AGGAACAACACCAAUUAUAGUUUGGUAGGCUGGAAAGUUGAGUUAGCAUAAAGUUAAACUCCUAUUUGGCUUGAGGCCAAAGAAACCUUGUGAAGUUGGGAAAAUGAUUGCUUGCACAUAUUUAUGUAAAGACAUUUGUAAACUUGGUGAACAUUUUUGCUCUUCAAGAAGCUUUACGAUUUGUUGCGAGGCAGUUCUACACAGGUAAAUUCUUUCGACCCGUUGCUGCGAAAUAAUAUUGGCAAAGAGAGCCAAAAUCAGCAUCAAAGGAAUUCGACCCUAGCUCGUCCGAUCGUGGAUCGCAACUUAAGACGUGGGUAUGCUCCCCAUGAUCUUGAGUUUGAGUCCCCGACUGUAUUAACUCCGUGUGUAUUGCUACUUUGUGAACGACAUUGGGGAAUUAGUCUCGCUUCGGGAGGACACCUCCAUAUUCUACGACAGUGAUCAAACACGUAAAUGGAAAGACGCAAGAGGGCAAACCUGUUUUAUAAAAGCGGAGAAGACAGAAGGGCUCAAAUUGAAUUCUGUUAAUGGUUAGGCACAGCUCGAAGCGUCAGUGAAAGCAUUUGAAUUGGUUCUUUAUUAAUCGAAAUGUUUUGAGUGUUCAGAUUGUUUUGUGUUUAGCAAGCAGGAAACAUGGCAGAAAAAAAUCCAGAGGGUUAUGUGGACUCGGAGGAAAUUCUUUGUGAGAAAAGCAGUGUGGAAGACGAGGCAGAGUCCUGUUUAGAGAAACAACCAACAGAGCCCCGAUUUCAUUCAAUUAAUUCCUUGAGGAGGAGGAGGAAGAUGAAUGUUUCCAGAUUAUCACGUGAAAACAAUGGUUUUCUAUUGGGGAAUGACAGCACCAACAGCCAGAUUUCGUCGAAUUGUGUUGGAUUAGUUAAAGAUGAAAAUAGGGAGGUAAUAGAUGUUGAACCGGUUGCAGUAGGGGAAGACGAAGAGGAAAAAGAGCUGCCAACUUGGGACGGAGAUAAAGAUAUAUGUAGAGAUGAAACUAUAACUGUAGCUGAUUCUAUGCCAGAGCCAUCCUCUGGAGGUAGAGGAUCUAGUUCUUUUGUGUUUUGGUUGGCCGACAUAGUGAUUCAGGCUGUUGGAUUUCAAGCGUGGUUUAUGCUGCGUGUAUUGUCUUUGCCCAGUUAUUUGAUGCACCAGGGUUACCAUCUUCCUUCCACUCUUUUAAGUGUUAAAGAAAACAUGUCGUCUCUCAUUGAUACUGUUCUUCAAGUGCCCUCCCAUCUGCAGCCCUCUGUUGGGAGAAGAAUCGAAAGAAUUGGGUGGGGCUGCAUUUUGUCGUGGUAUGUGUUUUGGUUGCUUUUACUGCUUAUGCUUGCAGCCUUUGUCCUGAGUUUCUUUGUCAUGCAUACCUUGGUUGAGAAACCGGUUCACAUGAAAGAAGCGUUGUAUUUCGAUUAUACUAAGCCUCACCCAGUUGCAUUUGUAUCUCUCCAAUCUUGUUCCGCAACAUCAAAUUUGGAGGAUAAUCAUAGCAGUAUAAAGGAUAGGUACCAGAAGAAUGUUCUACCGCCUCGCUUGAUACCAGCCAAUCACAGGCUAGAGGUUGCUGUUGAAUUGACACUUCCGGAGUCCGACCAUAAUAUAAAGCUUGGGAUCUUCCAGUUUGCAGGCUAUUAUGACAGCCACAGUUAUGGGGCAGCAUGGAGUGAUUCAAAGUCGUGGAAAUGAAGGAGCCCUGAAAGUCAUGAUUUCCAGCUCAUGCAAAUGCAUGCACAUGGUAGACAAAGAAGUUAACAGGUCUGUUUGUUCUAUGAAACCCUAGCACUGACAAGAGGAGAUGCUCGCAGUCUUCAAUUUUGUAUGCAUUUUUGGUGAUGAUUUCUUAUGUAUUCUCUGGAAAAGUGCAUUUAUAACAGUUUGUAUGACAUCUGUAUGGUAAGAAGACAAUAUGGGUGCUCCGUGACAGUCAUUUUAAGAUUUCAUCAAGAGGGAAACAGGGUUACGACAUUGUCAAAGUUCUCCAAAAGGUUCUGAACCAUUUAUUUAGGUCAAGAGAUUGUUUGUCAAUGAAGAUCCUGUGCAGGGAUUUGUUGUAAUGCAAGUGAUAGUUUAAUGCAUUGUCUUUUGCUUGUACUUACCUGCCAUUAUCAAGAUGAGAACAUGUAUUGAUAGGGUCUUUAUUCUGACAGUCACAAGUCAUAACCAUUGUCCAAAAUAUGUUUCCUUCACAAACUAAUGUGGUGAUGCUACUCACUAAAAGGAAAAGCUUGUUCAUAACAACAUAUCUGACUUGUGAGAUGCUAAACCUAUGUCAAAAUCCUGUUAAGAGGACCUGUGAACUGUUAAGUUUCUCUGUCUUGGCCAUCAUUGUUGCUCACGAUUGAUAGGGAUUUGUAUAGAAGUGUCAUAAAAGAAGGAAAGACUUUAUCAAAUAAAUGUGUAUCAAAACCUUCAUGGAGCUCAUAAACCGUAUGCAUGUCCAGGGUAAACAAACAGAGAGUCUCUGUCAAAGGUUGAAAAGUGUUCCAUCAUUGUUUUGUGUAGAGUAUUGUUGUUAUAGGUGACAAAUGCUAUCUAUACUGUUCAUUUUAAUGCGUUCCUCAGUAAACAAAGUAGUUAAUGUAUGACAUGUUAGAUAGGAAGACUUUGCAUUGAAAGAGAACAUUUAAAAGUCAUUAAUAGGCCAUUCACUGAGUAAAUCUACAAGAUGGAUAGUUAGGAGGUGAACUAGGUCAGUAAGAAGAUGAAGCUUAAGAAUAUGAUAGAGAUAGGGACAAAGUGUCAUGAAAGGUUGUGAAGAGGUGAGAUUAGAGCCAUACAAUAAUGGUCUUGAAGAAUGGUGAUAAAAUUCUUAUCUUUGCCCAAGCAACAUAGUGAAUGUGUAGCAUAAUUAAGUUAAGGGGGAUCAUGCCUUGAGAGGGGUCAUGAAAUGACCAAAACUGUUAUAACCUUUUCUAAUGUCAGGUAUGAAAAUAGGGUAAAGGAGUUUUUGUCAUUUUUAUUUUUUCAUUGCAAAUUUAUCAUGGCAGGGCAUGUUGAAAUGGUAAAGAACUCUUGUUUAAACCCUAACUAAGAAACCCAUGGAGACAGUGAAGGAAGUUUUAUGAGAUGACAGUGUAUUAAGGUUUUGCAUCUGCUUUGACAGUGUAAGAAAGCGAUACCAGAUGACGUUCUUGUAGAGGAGUUUAUGAACACACAUAAUAAAAGUCCUAUACAAACACAGUGACAUUUUCAAAGGCGAAUGACAGUCCUAUACAAACAAACACAGUGAGCUUGGUAACAUUGUCGAAGACAAGUCCAAAGAGCAAAAGAUAGUGUACCUUCAAUAUCUUGAGGGUUUUGUUGGCAUGUCAUGAAGUUGUUUCAAGAUGACAGUGCACAGAAAUCAGGGGCAGAUGUCAUUUCACAUAUAAAUACAUUAAAACUACUGUGAUGGUGAACGAUGACAGAGUAUUUAAAGGAAUAGUGACACAGAUAGAAGGGCAUAAGUCAAUCUCAGAGUAUACAUAGCACAGUAGUCAGUCCUAUCAAAGAAUAUGAGAGGUAGUUGUACGAGCUACAAGGGCAAGAGUGACAGUCAUGGUAAGAUUUGUCCAUGGAUACUAUAAAGGACAGCUUACUCAACAAAAGUACUAUCAAAAGGGGGUACAACAAUGCCUUAAAGGCUGGAUACAGUGUUAAGAGAACAAACACAGUGACAGAAGGGUGAAGGAACACAACAAUGGCUAGAGUCAGGCAAAGAUAUGGCAGAGACAGUACAAUAGAAUAUAAGUCAGUGUGGACAGUGACUAUAGCCAUGAUGGUAGAAGAUAAAUGCAAUGAUGACAGUCCUGAAGGAAUCAUAUACAGACCAAACAAAGAGUGGGCAGUCAAGAGUUGUUAGGUUCUUUUGAAAUCCUUGAGGAAGCAUGCAACUCAUGGAUAGACUGAAUAGAGCAUGACCAAUAGAAUGACAGAGCUACAAGAGGCAGAGUGACAGAGAUGACAUAAAUGGAGGACAGUCCUUGUAAGUGACAUAAUAGCCUGUCAAGGACAUUCACAAAAAUCAACUAGGGACAACAUGGUAUUCAUGUCAGAUAGUGAAAGGGAAAGAAGAAUGCACGAACACAAAAAUAGUUAGACCUUGAAUCCCUAUCCCAAGAGACCUUAAAGAGCAUCAUUAACAAAGGAUUAAGUGACAGAGACAAGAGGUUAUCAUGAAAGGGCAGAGUCAUGACUUGAGACAGGGGAAAUAGAGCAUCAUAACAAGGAUAGAUAAAAGUUGUAGGGUGAAGAAGGUAAGUACGACAGUUUUGAAUGUGAAAGAACAAUCCAAGGGUCAUGAGACAAAUACAGGGGUUGUAAAGUCAGCCAAGCUUAGUCAAGAGACCUAGCAAGAUCAAAUGAUAGUCAAGGAAGACUUGAAGAGCAGUCCAAAUGAGAGGCAUGUACAGAACCUAAAGCAAGGCGUAGAAGCCAUUAAAAGGACAGUGACUGUAAUAAGCCUAGAAGGCAGUUGGAAAUGUCAAUGAUAGUCGCAUAUCACCAAGGACCUGUAGACUCGUAGAGUACCAUCAAUUUAAACAUAUAAGUAUGAAUAAACAUGCAGAAGACUAUUUGAGCAAUGGGUAAGAAAUGGAGAAAGGGGCUUUAAAUGAAUGAAACAAGUGGCAAAUUCUAGCCCUAGAAGAUCUCCUAUGCCCUUAGGAGGGUUUUUUCCUGUGUUGCAUGGGUACCCGUACCCAACCCCCUAGAAUGCGUACCGGAGACCUGUCAGGAGACGUCUCUACACAUAGGAGACUCCACGUCAACCAACCCUGCCGUCUCCACCCUAAAUAACACACACAAAAGUCAAAAAGUUUGUCGCGAUGCAUGGGCAGAAGCAAAAACCUCCGACGUGAGCCCCAUUUUCAGACAUUUGUAUGACAUUUUGAUUUGACUCAUUUCACAUUUGUGUACUUAAACUUCAAAGUGAAUGUUAAUUCUUGUUUUGAAAGUUCAAUGUCAUUAUAUUUUCAGAUUUUCUAUAAUUUAUUAAUUUAUAUUUUUUUAAAAAUUGGUGUCUCCAAGUACCCCCGUCUCCUAUUUUGAAAAAAUAGGCGUACCGGUAACGGUACCAGUCUCCAACGCCUCCGAGUACCCCCGUACCCAUGCAACCUUGGUUUUUUCAUUUUCAAACUUUUGUCACAUGUCCUAAAAGCAAGGAGAGGACAGUCGUAAUUUGGAGGAGUAAUGAGCAGUUGGAGGGCGUCUAAGAGCAGUUUGGUGAGUUGGAUAGUAGGUGAGAAGAUUUAGGAGAUAAUUGAAUCAAUUUGAGGGUCAUUUCCAAGCAUCUAGGGGCAUCUUCAACCAAAAUAAGUCAAAGCAAUCAAGAUGCUCCCUUCAAACACCAUGAUGGAGCAGCAAUUUAAGGAGCAAAAGCAGGAUAUGAUUCAGCUGAGCACCCCAGGAAAGAGCUGACCAAGCAAACAAAGGCAAGCACAUGCCUUUAUGUCCUAAAAACAUGAUGCUAGAUGACAGAAAGUACUUUGUCAAGGCUAAAGUGGAUGUCUACGGCAGUUUUAGAGUUAGUAGUUCUUGCAUUAUUCAUUAAGUAUUGUAACUUCAAAAGUUCUUUCUAGCAGAUAUACCAUACUGUAACUCAAAAAUCAGUCUUGAAGACUGCAAGUAAUCUUUCAUGUUUGAAGGAAUAUCAGAACAUCUUCAGAUUAUGUACUCUUGUAAGACACCUUUUGAGCAAUAAAAUUCAGUAUUUAGCCUUUUCAA